ACGUAAGUGUCGAUUCUCUAACUCGAUUUGGCUUACGGGAGUUUGUAUCGUUCAGUCACUGUAGCUUUAUGCAUUUUUUCCUUCAAUAAACAUUAUUUCAAGAGUUUUUUUUUCAAGAGAACUUUUUUAAAACUAUGUUUCUGAAAGUUAUUGUCAUUUAUUUAGCAUUAUUGUGCACAUAUGUGCUAGGAACAUCGGAGUCUUUGCAGUUUGUUGAGAAACUAAAUGAGCGUACGACUAAUUCAUCAACAUUUUGGUUUUUAUACCGUUUAUAUACAGUGAAAAAGAAUGACAGCCAUAUUGAGAUCAGUAAGACGAACGAGAAUUAUGAAAAGGCCGAAAUUCAGUGUACUGCAAAAUUAUAUCCUGUUAAAGACCAAAUAGCCGGGCGAAUAAGAGUUGUACCCGGAGUUUACACGUUGCUCGUGUAUGGCGUUGUAGACACUAAAGUUGUGGAUCAAACGCGAAAAACUUAUUAUAAGGCAUUGGUCAUCGAUCACAUUAAUUGCACCUACAACACUAUCUCGUUGCCUUUGCAAGAGGUGCCGGUAGAUUACCAAAUUUUGCCGCCAUUGGUACAAAACAACCUCUACGACUUCGAUUUUUUCUAUCCUAAUAAGGAGUGCUCUCCAUGUCAAAUAUUCGAAAAUGCUGGUUAUAUCAUGCCGAAACAUCAGCUUAAACUUGAUACCGAAAAACCGUCCAAAGCCAUGCUAUUGAAAAAAGCUCGAUGGCCAAAAAAAAGUCCCUACGGUUAUUUCUAUGCUUACAAUUUUGCUAACAAAACAGCUGUUAUUAGAUUUUUAUCCAAAGAAUAUGAAAUAAUCAAGGAAAAGUUUGUUGGUCAUCCGAUCGAUGCUGCCGAUGCUUCUUAUUCACCUACAGACGACAGAACUUACAUUGUCUUCUGCUACGGAAACGGGACUCAGGAAGUCUACUGCAGCCAGUACGACGAUGACCUGAUGAUUCGCUUGGCUUAUGCCAUUCCUCUAGAUGCUGAAACAUAUAUUUCAGGAGUGACUGUCAAGGUCGAUAAGCGAGGUCACUCGAUGAUUGCAUUAGUGCGGUCGCCACUCAAGCAAAGAGAUAAAACACAUCGAGUGAGCUCUUUCAUCUAUGAUAGCGAGGCUAAACUUAGAGCCGGUUCGUAUGUUGCUGAGUUGGACUGCGAGUAUCGACAUUUUGAUUUGGCUAGCUGGUUCUAUGAUUAUGGGCGCAGACAAGAGUACUGCAUUCACAUCGCUGGAAGAAAAACUAUUGAAAGCACGGAUGCUCAUGAUAUCGUCAAAUGCCUUUUUUGGAACGAAGUGCAUGAAAUUCUGUAUUGACGUAACUUUCAUAACUAAAUUUGAUGUUUGUGCUAUAUCACAAAAUAAUUGUCAAUUUGAAAACAAUUCUGAGAUAUUGUAAUUUUUUUGUUAAUCAAAACUAACGCUUUGGUGAAAUAAAUCCGUGGAGCUCAUUAUGGAAAUCGCGUUCGCCAUUUACAUAUUAACUCUUUCAAAUAGAGUGGCAAUUUUAUCCAUUUUAUAUUUAUAACUACUUUGUAUUAUACUAUGACUGUGAAGUAAGUUUAUCAUAUACGAGCAAUCCCAUGAGAAAAAUGUCUUAAUCAGAGUAAGUUUCUCCGACCAUUAAUUAACUAGCGUUUCCAUCAAAUGUUCACAGAUUUGUGACGUUGAUUUAGAAUAGAUAAAGAAUAGUUAGUGAUUUGGACGAUAAAAUGUAAA